AUGGAUGUCGUCCGCGAAAUUGCGAACAUGAUUGUGGCUGCCAUGGUCCAAAACAUACACGACCAACCACAUGCAGUUGAUCAAAAUGGUGGUCUGCCUCUGCCCCCUGCGAAUCCUGAUUUGGAGAAGUUGUUUCGUCUCUCUGACGAGGAGAGACGAUGGGCGUUGGAGCUGAAAGCUGCCGUGGAAGCCUCGGACGACUUGGAGAAUCUGCCCGAUUUGUUGUAUUGCCAAUUCGUUAUUACGAAUACAGCCAGAGGUGACCUGGAAUCGACACUGGAGCAGGUCCAAGGGUUGCAAGACUUUCGACAUGAGUACAACAUAGAAGACACCUUUGAGGAAGCCAUGCAGAUUCUUACGGAUUUUACCAGAGCCAAUCCAGGCUGCUUGUUGUCAGUAGCCUACGACAAUUCUACAGAAAACUUUGGCCUGGUUUACGACCGCACUCGCUUCCAGUUUCGGACGAUCCGAUCACCCGCGCAAUGGCGGGUUUACUUGGGUUGUCCCUACUAUCUGUUCAAUAUGCUCUGUCCAGAUCCUUACUCCAUGCGACAAGGAAUCUUUCUGAUCGGAGAGUGCGAUGGGAUGGAACGGUCCGACACGAAUGUGGAGAUUGUGAGGACUUGUUGGUCCCAUUUGUUGUCACACUUUCCCGUCUACUUUCGCAGUAUCAAGUUCUUUCACACAAACGUUGCCACUAACAUUGCCUAUAGCAUGAUGAAGCCAUUUCUGCCGGCUGAUGUCAAAGAAAAUGUUAUGGUAGGGUGUCAAUUCGGGGCCAACAUUUCCUCAUUGUACCUCCGGCCAACUCCCCAGCUUGCUACGGAACGAACCCUCAGAAGGAUGGAAGAUUUCCUGCGGACACGAUAUCGGAAUCAAGCCGCUUUUUCCUUGUCUGCAUCACCACAACAACAUCAGCAGCAGCAGCAGCAUCAUCAACCUGACCACCCACUGGUCAUGCCACAACCAGCUGGUAAUCAUCACUGA